GGGGGGACGAGCGCGCGGGCGGACGGACUGCGAGGCGGCACCAUCCGGCCUUCACGUUAGGGUUUGAGGGGCGCGGCGGACGGCGCGUCCACCCCCCCCCCCCCUCCUCACCCACCCCUUCAGUUUAAUAACGUCAGCGAAAAGUGCAAGUGGGGCGAUUGUUGACGGCGCCGGGCAAGGCUUUAAUGGUGUCUGCGUUGGGGGAGGGGGGGUGGUGGUAGGGUUUGUGUGAGUUUAGGGUGGUGUGUGGGGGGGGGGAGGGGGUGGGGCGGGCGGAGAUAUCAGGAAAAAAAACCCAGCCGGAGCUGAGGGGGCAAGAAUACUACAAAGCGAUAAAUUAUAUUGAGAAAAUAAAAGACAAGACAUUCCUGCCCGCCCGCCCGUCGGCCCGCCAGCCCCACCGCGCCGGGACAGUCGAGGCAGGGCGGCCUGUGAUGGAGGAUAAGAAAGAGGAGCGCGAGACGGAGAUCCAGGAGCACUGCCCCGAGCACUGGUUCUCCAAGUGGGAGCGGCAGUGCCUGGCCGAGAGCGAACAGCAGCAGCAGGCCGAGGCCGACAGGGCGUCGCUGGAGCAGGAGCAGAGCCAGCAGAAGCUGUGGCACCUCUUCCAGAACUCGGCCACCGCCGUGGCCCAGCUCUACAAAGAUCGAGUCUGUCAGCAACAAGGGCUGUCACUCUGGGUCCCAUUUCAAAAUGCCGCCUCGGCUGUCACCAAUGUGUACAAAGAAAGUAUUGAAGCUCAACGCAGAAGUUAUGAUUUAGGAAUUCAGAUCGGUUAUCAACGACGUAAUAAGGAUGUGUUAGCUUGGGUAAAAAAGCGGAGACGAACCAUUCGAAGAGAAGAUUUAAUCAGCUUUUUAUGCGGAAAAGCGCCACCUCCACGCAAUACCAGAGCCCCCCCUAGACUGACAGUUGUAACCUCUCCCACCAGAGCACCCACAACAGAAACUAGCUCAUCUGUAGAGACGGACUUACAGCCUUUCCGUGAAGCCAUUGCACUACAUGGCCUUAGUGGAGCAAUGGCUAGUAUAAGUGUACGCUCAAGUACUCCAGGGUCUCCCACUCAUGUAAGUGGUAGCUCUAACUCUUCUCGCAGGAGAAAUGGACUCCACGAUGUGGAUUUGAACACUUUCAUAUCAGAAGAAAUGGCACUCCAUUUGGACAAUGGUGGCACUAGGAAGCGUUCCUCAGCCCAGUGUACUGAUGUGAUCACUGAUUCCCCUACGCACAAACGCAAUCGAAUGCUUUGAACUUUUAUAUUGUCACCAUGCUACUUGAAAGCCACUUGAUACUCGACACUUUCUUGAAUGGAAAUGGAGGGCCAUCGUAACUAGUUUGAUUGUGAAAGUACAAGUGAAUUCAAUAAUGAUUGCCAUAAAGGAAGUUCUAACUAAUGCAGUAGCUGCCUCUUGUAAUUAUGGCUUUCCCUGUACUGGUCUUGUGACAGAGGACAUUUGAUCAUUUGUGUAGUAGUUAGCAAGAUCAUCAUAGGUAAACACAUUAGGUUCCAAGCUAAAGUGACCUUAACUUUUAUCUAUUCAAGGGAAGGGUGAUUUGGAUGUUAAUUUGGUUAACAUGUUAAUUGCCCUUUUUUUAUUUUCUGCUGUGUUGACUGCUUGACCAGUUGCCAAUAUAUCACUGAUAUUGUCUAUGUUAAAAUGGCAUCCUCUGUCAAAUCUACAGACUUCCAUUUUAAAGUGCUGUACUAAGACACAAGUUCGUAUAGUGCAAGUACAUGCGUUGUAUCAAUAUUGGAUUACUUUUAGUUAGACUCACGCAGCUGCUAAUUCUGUCAACUGUGGAAAUGGUGCUAUGAUGGUCAUGCAAUGAAUAUCAAAAAAUCAACAAAGAUCUUUAUUGGAUUCACUUCUUGUGUUUGUGUUGCAAAAAAUACAAAAAUACUAUUGACUUUUCCAUAAAUUCUAAAAUACUCUUGUUAUGUUUAAAUAUAUAAAUAUAUAUAAAUAUAUGUAAUGUGUAUAUACUAAGCAUUUGAAUGCUGGUAUGAUACUCGUUCUACAUAAUGUAAAUAAAAUGUGCACACCAAACCCUGGAGUGGAUAUCCAAAAUCAGAACUACAUCAUGCUUGGUUUUAAAUGUUUCCUCACACAAUGGAGCAGGGUCAGAUCAUUGGGUAGUUGUUGGAACAUAACCUUCAGUGGGUAGAAAAUGACAAUUUGGUUUGUGGCCUGCUCACUUUUGAAAUUGUCAGCAGUAGUUAGUUAAAGGAGGUUGACAUUUUUUUGUGUGAACAUAUUUGCGUAAACUACUUGCAUAAAUCUGAACAAUUGCUUUAUGUCACGUUGUAAUUUGGUAACCCUCUGGUUGCAUUAUGUGGUGUUUAAAAGAGGAGCCUUAUGUCAGUUUUGGGGGGGAAUUUUAACUUCUGAAUUUACACUGUGGUAAGCAAGCUUAGCAAAAAAAA